CGCCAUCGUCAACAUAUACGUAGGAAGGUAAGUUGAUCGUACUUGGGAAAGCGAUUGCAGAGUCGAAGGAGAUAUCGAUGAUCGUCAGAAUGGAUCGAAGCUGGAAGUUGCGCAUUACGAAAAUUCUCACUGGAAGUUGAAUACGGUUUGAGGAUACAUCUUUCCUUCAUCUGUGCACGACAAAAAUUCGUUGGAAGUUGAUUACGAUCUGAGGAUACGAGCCUCCUUUCAUUGCGCAUCUACGAUUCGACAGACUGUUCCCCGACUUCAGUCCCGUCCAUUUCCAUCCUCGCCGCUGAAUUCAACGACUCUUUCGAUCUUGCAAUCGCUUUCUCUGCACAUCUCCAACAAGGACUUCUAAUCUGACCCUUUUUCCUCUCCUCUUCAGGUCAAGAUGCCACGCGCCCCACGUAACCACUCAAAGACCUACAAGGUUCCCCGUCGUCCUUUCGAGGCCGCUCGUUUGGACUCCGAAUUGAAGCUUGCUGGUGAAUUUGGUCUCCGUAACAAGCGUGAGAUCUGGCGUAUCGCUUUGAUCUUAUCGAAGAUUAGACGUGCUGCCCGUGAGUUAUUGAAAUUGGACGAAAAGGACCCCAAGAGAUUGUUCGAGGGUAACGCCAUCAUUCGUCGUUUGGUCCGUAUCGGUGUGUUGGAUGAAACACGUAUGCGUCUCGAUUACGUAUUGGCUCUUAAAUUGGAGGAUUUCCUCGAGAGACGUCUUCAGACACAGGUGUACAAACUAGGAUUGGCAAAAUCAAUCCAUCAUGCCCGUGUCUUGAUCCGUCAACGUCACAUCCGUGUCGGUAAGCAAAUUGUCAAUGUCCCAUCUUUCGUUGUCCGUCUUGAUUCUCAAAAGCACAUCGACUUCGCUUUGACAAGUCCAUUCGGUGGAGCAAGAGCAGGACGUGUUAAGAGAAAGCGUGAAAGAUUGGCCGCCUCCAAGGAAGGUGGUGACGGAGGUGAAGAAGAGGAAGAAGAAGAAUAGAUUGUUCUCCUUCAACACGAUGAUCAUGAUUGAUGGCCUGGUGGUAAGGUGGAUAUUGCUCUUCAAUCCGUCUCUGACUCAUUGGUCACAGUCUUCAUUUAUGGUUUGACACUUUGUCAGAUCGUAUUCCUUUCCUGCCAUUCUCAUCAUCAUGCCACUUGUAGUAGCACACACACACUGUAUACGCAUAUUCACAUAUACAUCUCACAUACACA